CAAUUUCAAUAAGGUUUUUACGAAAUAAAAAUUAUAAAAUUUACAUUGCAGUUAUUUACACAAGGCCCGAAGACAUUCAAUAUAUAAUCGGUUAUUUUUGUUUAAGUUAAUAUUGAAAUAAUGUCCUCUGCCACCAAAAUGGAUAAGGCCAUGCUUGUCGAGUUCAGCGCCUCUUACAUGUUUUACAUUGAGAAGCACAAGCUGUUGGAUAUCAUGAGUCGCCUCUUGGCGGAAGCGACAUUGCAGAACAUUGUGAACGUGCGUCGCUGGCUGGGCGAGAACAUACGGCACGUAGCCCAAGAGAUCUACACGAAGGCUAUGAAUGCAUUUCAUCUGGAUGUAGCUGGAGACUUCUAUCAGCUGCCGAAGAACUUCUUUCAUCGUAUUGUGCUGCAUGGACGAGCCGGCUCGGGCCGGCGCUCGCUGGCCCAUGUGCUGGCGCAGCGCUGGAAUCUGCUCAUAAUAGAUGCUAAUGUCCUAGCCUAUCAUCACAUCAAUGGAUCAGUGAGGAAUAAGAAUGAGAAACUGCUGAAUCAGGGCAUAGAACACUUUUCCGUUUAUGAAAUUUCGGAAGCCGUGGGCAACAUUUUACAGGAGCGUUUGCUCAAGGAGGAUGCACUGCAUCGUGGCUGGAUAUUGAUCAACUAUCCGCACAAUCGCUGCGAGGCACGCGAGCUCUUCGAGGGCUUCACCGUGCCGCCCAAUCGCCUGGUCUUCCUUCAGAUUGACGAGCAAAUGGCACGCAUGCGCCUGCUGAUGCGUACCUAUAGGCCCAGUCCGCAGGAUAACAUCACCUAUCUGGACUAUCAGAUGCAGCAGUACCGGAAGAGUGAACCCGCGUUAAAUGCCUAUCUCAGCCAUCGUCGCGAGGUUCUCUAUGUGGAUGCCACCGAGUGCUUCGAGACCGUCAAGUGCCGCAUUAUGUCGCAGCUGACCAAGACGCCCUAUGUCCUGGGCCAAAAGUACGGCGAGAAUAGUGCCCUCGACUGAAUGGCUCCGAUUACAAUCUCUAUUUCCACAUAAAUUAUUAAAUGUUACGCGCCACAAGCUCGCCUCGAAGACUGAACAAAAAAAAGCCGUGUUCCAUAAUUUUGUA